CUCAGUAUUCACCAUUGUGAUGGCCAAUUUGGAGCAACUCCCUGAACCCCAGCGCCGGCACGCGAGCAGAUUGAGCCGGGUCAGUUACAGGUGGUUGAGGCAGAAGGGGCCAUUAGCUGCUGACUUGGAGGAAUGCGUUCAAGCCCGGAAGGUGAUUGCUGAAGCAUCUUUGGAAGCUUCGGCUGAUGAGCUGAUUUCCACCAGAGACCAACAAGAUCCUGAAAGGUACCAGAUGGACCGGCGAUAUUUGAAGCGGCUGAGCAAGUCAUGGGAGGAGCUGUUGAAAAAGACACAUCGGAACUGUGCUGAGUCUGUUGUUAAAGAGCUGGGUCCAGUGCAUCUGGAGCCGCUUUAUCCUGAUCUGAAGGUGCAAGAAGCCUUCCUGCAGGCUCGUAAAGCUCAUGAAAGCGUUACAACAUACACUUACCACGGUACCAAGAAGGAGAACAUCGAAUCCAUUUCUCAGAUCGGCUUUUUGAUGCCUGGACAAGGAGGACAUACAGUCAAGAACGGCUCCGUACAUGGCGUUGGCAUCUACACUGCUCGCCUGGGUUGCGCUAAGCUUUCAAAAGGCUUCUGUGACUCCGACAAGAUGUUCCUUUGUUGCGUGUGUGACAGCAGCAAAGAAGUCACAGAAAGUAUCCCAGAGCCCGCGUCAACUUGGAAGCCUUCGAGCACCGUUGUGCAGACAACGUUUCCUAAGCGCACAGCCCCGCUAACGCGCACUGGUGUCAAGAAGUAUGAAAUUCACCGGAAGUCCGACGAAGUGAUCCACAUGGGAGACGCUGUGGUGUCUUUCAAACAGGACUUUGUGGUUCCCAUGUUCUUGAUCUCCCCUGCUUCUGAAGCGGAAGAAGAGAAGAAGUGCAAAACGGGUCAAGCUGCAGAAGCUCUGGAAAGACCUGAAGUCCAGACCAACCUUGUCUUGAAACAUCACGCUUGGGUGCCAGAAGAGGAGGAGCCGAACUGGGCACUUCCUCAGCAGGUGGCCACGAGACAACUGGCUGUGCCCGCUGAGCAGCAUGGGAAACUUGUGAAGUUUGGCAGCAAGGAUCGUCAAGGUCGAACAGUUUGGGUAGUUGAGGAUCCGUUUGCAUGUGCAAACUCCGAGGAGAGGUCUUUGAAACGGCACUACUUGAAGCGGCAGAGAGACCGACAGCUGCGACUUGCACGAAGAGAGAAGCAAGAGGAUUCAUGCCUGUGGUAGAAGCUAGAAGGUUUGAAAGAAAUGUGGCUGCACGGUUGCUGAGUUUCGUGCCGUUUCGCCAAAUUCUUUGCAAGUUCACACUGCCAUGCUGCCUUGCUGUGUAUAGGUGUUUGGGGCAAUCUGAGUUGCCCUUCAGAGUUUUGGCAGCUGGACUAGCUGGACAUACAUUUUUUUGUACAGUGUACAGAACUGCAUCCAGUCCAUGCUGCAACCAUCUUGCGCAUCGUCGCAGCAAA